AAUGAUGUAAUAGGUUCAUGGCGUAGUGGCUACUAAAGGCUACUACUACUUGAUCGGAGCAAGUUCUAACGCCCAAUUCCCUUGUCGACUCGUCAUGAUGCUGCGCUCAGUUCCACACUCUUCCCCAUACCACAAUGACCAUCUCAGACAAAAUAUACUCGCUAACUCACUCCCAGGAGACGCUCACCACAGCGCUCGCAGCCUCCCCGACAUCAUCGCCAGGGCAUCUUGUAAAGACGCUCUAUGAAGAUCAUCACAAGAAGCCCAUAGCCUCCGGAGGAUACCUGGAGACAUUGAUGGGCGUCCUGGAUCGUAGCAAUGCGAAUGACACGCAGCCAAUGCCGUCACUUGAACCUACGCAAGCGGAUCUCGACUGUGCCGCCGAGUGCGGAAAAUUUGGCAGUAGGCCAAGCGAUUUGUUCUUGAAGAUUUACUGUGACGUGCUUGCUGUACUCGAGACAAAUUCUUGGGCUGGCGUAGUAUCGCCCCCGUUGCUGGGUUCUAGAGGUGUCGUAAACCUGAGCAUCAUCUCCGUCAUUCCAGAUAUCAUACAGCAUCAUUAUGAUUGCAUCGUCCGCGCUGAGUCGGAAGUGUUUUUAGCAACUAACUUUUGGCAGGCGUCCAAGUCCGCUAGCAAAAUAUGCGAUGCCUUGGUCGAACUAUCGCGCAGAGCGAUGACAAGGGGUAAGAAGGUCGUGGUGAAGAUGAUGUACGACCGUGCAAAUUUAAAGAUGCUCAGGGAAAGCCACCUUCUCGUCGAUGACGCAGAAAUGGCUAGUGAUGAAAUAAAGCUGCCCAAGAGAAGCGAUAUGCCAGGACUUGAUUUCGAAUUAGUGAAUUUUCAUCAACCCGUUUUUGGGACGUUCCAUUGCAAGUUCUUGAUCGUGGACCGCAAAAUGGCGCUCCUCAAUUCGAACAAUAUUCAAGACCGUCCUAACGUGGAGAUGAUGGUCCAUUUAGAGGGCCCAAUCGUUGACAGUUUAUAUGAUACUGCUCUCAUUAGCUGGUUCAGGCCGAUGCACCCACCCCUUCCGUUGCUCGAUACCCGGUAUCGGCCGCCUGAGGGAGGCUACAAGUUUGGAAUAGACAAUGAAUAUGCCACUACGUGGAAUCUGGAUGGCAGCAAAGGGGCGGAACUUUUUAAUAACGUGGGGCAGGAUGCCGGCGGCUUACACGACGGAGAAGAAGGGAAGGAAAAGUCUACCUCUUCGGGGGCUCUAAAUGCAAGAAUUCCAUUCAUAUCAGGCGCCUAUCAGACGAUUACAGAGCACCUCAAUGCCGGAGAUCAGCCAGAAACACGUGCCAGUAUCCAGUAUGAGCCGCCUACAUCGUCCGCAGACGAAUACACCCCACAUAUUCUCCACGCACCUCACGGAGAAUGUCCCAUGGUGUUGGUGAACCGUGCACCGAAUGGGAAGCCUGGGAAUCAAAACAGCGCUUUACACAACGCGCAGGAUGCAGCCUGGCUUGCAGGGCUGAAAUAUGCCCAGAGGAAAGUUUUCAUUCAAAGCCCAACCUUCAACGCAGCCCCUGUUGUUGAUGGUAUCUUGAAUGCAGUCAGGCGCGGCAUUGAGUGCACUUUGUAUAUAGAUGUGGGCUUUAAUGAUGGUGGAGAGGCACUUCCUGGACAAGGAGGCACGAAUGAAGAGGUAUCCAAAACAAUGUUCGCACAGUUAACGGGCGAGGAGAAAGAGAAACUCAGGCUCUAUUGGUAUACUGGCAAGGAUCAAAUCAAGCCCAUUAAUGCGUCCGCACAGAAACGAAACUGCCAUGUGAAACUAAUGAUCAUCGAUGAUUCGGUUGGGAUCGUAGGCAACGGAAACCAGGAUACGCAGUCGUGGUAUCAUAGCCAAGAGGUGAACGUUAUGAUCGACAAUCCUACAGUCUGCCAGGAAUGGCUUGAUGGCAUCCGGGGAAAUCAGAACACGCAUUUGCACGAACUACAGAAAGAUGGCAUAUAUCGCGAUAAGGACGGUAACCCACUUACGGACUCUACUGGUGUCGGAUCUGGAUUCAGAGGGACGGUCAAAGGAAUCCAGGGGAGUAUCGCGCGGGUUCGUGGAAAGGGUGGGUUUUAGGCACUUCUCUAGUGAAAACUCGGGUGUGGACGACAGUGUACGACUUAUACAUAUAUGUACACAAAGCUGCAGGCUGGUAGAGGCUGCUACAGCUACUUAAAGUUAAAGGCAAUAAUAUUAACCCAU